AUGAGUGAGAUCCAAGCGGAAUCAGAUCAAGUGCAGGUGAAAACAGAACCUUCAGUCAUUGCAGAUUCUCCUACAGAAGUCUCGAAUUCCAAUACAGAGAAUCUACCGGGAAAUGACCGUGAGGAUUCUCCGGACUCGAGCAUUGCCUAUGAUGAAGAUGGAAUGCCUGUUCCGAAUGGAAUCGAGGAUGUCAAAGAGGAAGAUCUUCAUGAAGGUGGUGAAUCACUAAAUUUAGAUCUCUCCAGAGCGGGUAAUCAGGUGUGGCUGGUUAAACUCACCCCACAACUUGCAGAUAUAUGGAAGAACAAUAGCUUUCUAGAUGGACAAGACUUGGGUCAAAUUAAGAUUCAAAAAGGAACGUCUCCACCGAAAAUCUUCUUGGACUUGAACGAUAAGAUGCCUGAGCAUAGUAAUGUUGACAAGGAGUACCAACUAAGGCUUACAAAGCAGGUUGUAGAGAACGAAUACAUCUUCAACGAGACUGAGUUUGAUCAUUUCAAGCAUAGAUUGAUGUACAGAACACAGGUUGUGGACAUGCCCUAUCAACCGAAGCUGCGAAGUAUGAACAACGAAGCACUGAAUCAUGCAGCUACAUGGACAAGACGAACAAAGCCAUCGCAGAGAGAGCUGCCAGAAUCAGGAAUGGGUACAACUAGGAUACAGAGUAACAGACGUCAUUCAAGGUUCAAGAAGUUUGUUCCAUAUGCUAAAACUAUUCCUAAGAAGACACAGAUGGUAGGAAAAGUCGUUCAUGAAUGCCAAGUGAUACCAGCAAGACUUGCUUCCAACAACAAGUUGAAAUUGGUUGCACAGAAAAGACGGUUGGCACAUAUGGUUAAGAAAAGACGUAUCAACUACUUGAAAAAUGCCAAUACAGGUAUAUUACAAGGUAGGGCAGGUCCUAACAUUCAUACGGGUGCCACAAUCACACUUUCCAGAGACUUGGCAGCUAAAAAGGAGGCAGCCAAAUCCGAAGGUAGAGCAUCUCGUAUGGAUAAGGAGGUGUUGAUGAAGAUCUUGUUUGAUCUAUUUAAUAAAUAUGACUACUGGACUAUGAAGGGAUUGAAGGAGAAAACCAAUCAACCGGAGGCCUACUUAAAGGAAUGUUUAGAGAACAUAGCUGUGAUGGAAAGAAAAGGACCGUAUGCAUUAAAGUACAGGUUAAAGGAAGAAUACAGAAAGAGUAGGGAAGUGGAAAGAAAGGCUCAACAAGGCUUUGAUUUGGAUGACAUAGAUUUGGAUAAGAGGGAUGAUGACGAUGACAACGACGAUGAUGACGACGAUAUCGAGAUGGAGGACGUGGCCAACAUAUAG